AUGAAUCCCGAAACGGAGUCUGUGAGCAGCGAUGAUUACGUUUUAUUGGAGACUGAUACCGUGAAAGCAGCCGAAGCAGAAAUGAGAUCAUAUUCGGAGCAAUCGGAUGAGAUGGAUAAUGAAAAUGAACUUGUGAAGUCAGAAAAGAAGAGACUAGAACAAGAAAAGCUGAAAGCGACGGCAGAAGAGCCAAUGGCGGUGAAGAAGUCGUACCAGAAGAAGCGGAGCAAGACCAAACGGGAACAGGAGAUGUCGGUUAAAAAAGAAUCGAAACAGGAAAAAUUAGAAGGAAAGCUAGUAGCGGUGAAAGAACUGGAAGAGGAAAAGCCAGCCAAGAAAGAAUCGGGACAGGAAAAGCCAGUUAAGAAAGAAUCAAAACAGGAAAAGCCGGGUGAGGCAGGACAAGAAAAGUGGGUGAGGGUGAAGGGACCGAAACAGGAAAAGCCGGAAGAGACGGAUGAGGAAAAGCCGGUAAGAAUGAAAAAACUGAAAAAGAAAAGGCCUGUUAAGAAGGAAUCUGAGAAAGAAAAGCCAACCAAAAAUAAAUCGGGACAGGAAAAACCGAAAGAAACGGAACUAGGAAAGCCUGUGAAUGUGAAAAAAACAGGAGAGGUGCUGGAAAAGACGAAACAAGAGAAGUCGGUGGAGGGAGUGGAACUAGGACAAGAAAAACCAGUUAAGAAUGAACCGGGAGAAGAAAAGCCUAUCAAGACAGAAUCAGAACAGGAGAAACCGAAACAAACGGAGCAAGAAAGGCCGGUGAAGCUGAUAGAAGCAGAACAAGAAAAGCCGGUUAACAAAGAACCGGAAAAAGAGAAGCCGGUCAUGAAAGAGUCGGAGCAGAAUAAGCCGAAU